AUGUCGCGUGUCGAAGAGCUACCGGACGACUUCGAUGAGUCGCUUAACCUCAAUGAGGCACCUCCGGAGGUGACCCAAAACGUGCCGCAGCCGGGUUUCGAUGCCUUCGCUGCGUCGAACGAAGCGCCUUUCCCAAUCAACGAGGAGAAGUUGAUGGAAAUGAUGCAAGACCCCAAUCACCCCGAUAUGCCGCCAGCUAUGGCCUCGGUCAAGUCGCAUUCUAAGGAGGAACUCUUGGCCAUGAUGAACAAAACGCCACUGUUCAUGACCGACAUUGAGAACGCCGGUGAUGAGAAUGGCGAGAAUGUUCUUCUAGAUGCGCUUCAGGCUAUGCAAAACGAGGGUACUCGUGGCGAGGUUGCGCAAGGUUUCAAGGAUCAAGGCAACGAAGCCGUCCAGGAAUUGCGCUGGAUCGACGCGAAAGAGUUUUAUACAAAGGCCAUUGCAGUGAUCUACGCAAAAGAGGAUAAGUGGGAGAAGCCCGAGGAUGUCGAAGAGGAGAAGAAGCUUUUGCGGAAGAUGGAGGAGUUGUCGCACAUCAACCGAGCGUUGUGUAACCUCGAGCUUGGCAACUACCGAGCCUGCACCCUUGACUGUGCUACCACGCUCAAGCUUAACCCCAAGAACGUCAAGGCCUUCUAUCGCUCCUCUAUGGCUUUAUUAAAGCUGGAUAAGGUCGACGAAGCCGAAGACGCUGCCUCAAGAGGAUUGCUCAUUGACUCAGAGAACAAGUCCCUCCAAACAUCCGCCAAGAAAAUUGCAGAGCGCAAGGCAGCCGUCGCGCGUAUGGCCGCCAAACGCAAGGCCGAGGAAGACCUUGCACGCAAACAAAACCUAGUCCUUAGUACCGCUCUACGGGCCCGUCAAAUCAGAACUCGCAAGACCGAUCAGCCUCCGGAGAUGGAAGAUGCCAAGAUCAAGCUUGUUCCUGAUCCGCUUUCCCCGGAAAGUUCUGUGGAAUUCCCUGCUGUUUUCCUCUAUCCCAUGGAUGCGCAAUCCGACUUCGUCAAGGGCUUUUCAGAACUGCACACCAUUACGGACCACCUCGAAUACAUCUUCCCUUUGCCUUGGGAUACUAAGAAUGAGUACUCGAUCAACAACGUUGAGUGUUUCAUGCAGACUGUCUCGGGCGGUUUGAUCAAGGCCGGCAAGAAGUUGCCCCUCCUGCAGAUUCUUACUGGUGGGAAGGUUGAAGUGGUCGAUGAGCUUGUCCGGAUCUUCAUUGUGCCCAACUCCAAGACCAACGCAUUUAUCGCAGAAAUGAAGGCUCGCAAGACUGGCUGA